AGAGCCAUUCACAAAUAAGAGAGAGAGAGAGAGAGAGAGAGAGAGAGAGCUGAGUGAGUCUUAUUCAGUCAGAGUCCCUAACAAUGGGGGAAGAGGAAGCAGAGCAGAAGCAGAAGCAGCAAUCCAAUUCGGAAAUGGAAGUGGAAGAAAUAACAGCAAAAGAAUCAAGAGAGCAAGUAGUAGAGGACUACUCUUGGCCUGUGAUUCGCUUCGAUGUUCCUCCUGUCAGAACCUACCACUUCUGCUACCAGUUCAGGAACACCUCCUCAAACUCUAACAAUUUCCCCUAUGGAAUCAAAUGGUCUCCCGACGGUUCCUGUUUUCUUACAUGCACCGACGAAAAGUCCCUUCGUGUAUUCCCCUUACCAGAUGCUGGAAGUCUCUAUCAUGAAAAUUCUUGUUCUUUUGCUGCUGAUGUAGCUGCAGAUUCUUAUACUGCAAAUCUUGUUGUGAAUGAGGGGGAGCCUGUUUAUGAUUUCUGCUGGUACCCAUAUAUGUCUGCUUCAGAUCCAGUUACAUGUGUGUUUGCAAGUACCACUCGUGAUCAUCCUAUUCAUCUUUGGGAUGCUACUUCAGGCGAGCUUCGUUGCACAUAUCGGGCUUAUAAUGACGUGGACGAAAUCACUGCUGCCUACUGCAUUGGUUUUAACCCUGCUGGGACCAAGAUUUUUGCUGGCUACAAUAAAUCUCUAAGAAUAUUUGAUAUUCAUCGCCCUGGUAGAGAUUCUGUACAUCAUUCAACUGUUAAAGGAAAUAACCAACAACCAGGUAUUAUAUCUUCAAUUGCUUUUUCUCCAAGUCAUACUGGGAUGCUUGCUACGGGUUCCUAUGGUCAAACUACUGCAAUCUAUAGGGAAGAUAAUAUGGAACUGUUGUACAUCUUACAUGGCCAACAAGGUGGGGUUACACAUGUGCAAUUCUCAAAAGAUGGUAACUAUUUAUAUACAGGGGGGCGAAAGGACCCUUACAUAAUCUGCUGGGAUAUACGCAAAGCUGUUGACAUUGUGUUUAAGCUGUAUCGAUCUUCAGAAAAUACCAAUCAGCGGAUACUGUUUGAUAUUGAUCCUUUUGGUCAGCAUCUUGGUACAGGCGGUGAGGACGGAUUGGUUCAUAUUUAUAAUCUCCAAACAGGGCAGUGGGUAUCAAGCUUUCAAGCUGCACUGGACACUGUCAAUUGCUUCUCGUUCCAUCCAUUUCUGCCAAUGGCAGGCUCUUCAUCAGGGCAUCGAAGAUUUGUAAGCCUCGAUGAUUCUCCCGAGGUCUUCAGCUUGAGUGGUGAUGAAAACUGUGCUUCCAUUUGGAGUUUUGCUUAUGCUUCAAUGGCGGACAAUGCUACCAGCAUGGAUUCUGGAGAUUCAAACCUUUGUCAGGAUCCUUGAAUUGUUUGCAAGUUAUUUGUAUAAUUGCAUUUACUAUAUUAUAAACUUAAUUAUGAGCAAGUGAGAUUAGUCUGAUUUUCCAGCUCUGUUGUAUAUUUACUAGCUUCAGUUGAUGCAAAGGUCCAUUCGGUAAUACUCAAGGGCCAGUUUUCUUGAGCUGAUAUUGAAUUUGAUAUCAACAAAAUUGUUCAUUUGGAGUGUAUACUCUUGCUUAUUUUUUCAUCAAUUUCAACAGUAAAUUCUGAAAUUGUAUGUAAUCUAAAUUAUGCUGAUGAUUGGUGUA